AUUAAAGCUGCAAUGUGUAAUAAUUUUGAGUAUCUAUUAACAGAAAUGCAAUAUGACUUCCAUAACUAUGUUUUCAGUGGUGUAUAAAGAACUUACGUAAUAAACCGUAAUGUUUUAUUACCUUAGAAUGAGACAUUUAUAUCUACAUAGAGUAGCCAAAACACCGAUUGACUUUUCUUGCCACUGGGGGAACAUAUACAGGUUAGGAGAACUCAUAUUAAUGUUAAAAUACCUCAGAAAGUGAAAAUGUCAUGUUAGGGAACCUAUGUGUAAGAAACGUUUUUUUAAAUUGAAAUAAUGUUUCAAGUUAUUACUGUUUUUACUGUAUUUUCAGCCUUGGUGAGCAUACGAGACUUCUUUCAAAAACAUUACAAAAAAUUCUUUAAAGGAAAAAAACUUUGGUGUAGUAGAUUCAAUAUUUGUGGUAUUUAAAAGUGUUUGACCAGCAGGUGGCGCUAAAUCCCCAUUACCCAUUUCAAAUCAGAACUAUUAGUUAUUAUUUUUGCCCAUCAGUUUUAGUAUAUUAUUACUAUUGUUAUUUAUUUAUGUAUCAGCAUUGUAUUUAAUAAUGAAAUAUCGAUCAAUGUUAUGUUUUUCCCUCUAGUUGUUUUCUCUGCAUUUCUUACAUUAUUAUAAAGUACAUUCAUUCAUACCUAGACGGCGUUUUGGAUGUCACAAACGCCUGCAGCAUUGUUUGGCCACGCUAACGAUGAUGUAGUAGAUACUAGAUAGUCAGCCAAAUAUAUAAUGAGACACAGCCAGUCUUUUACUCGAGAUGACCGGAUAGCAUUUUGACUGUCUGUCCUCCGUCAGGUCUCUCCAUAACUCACUCAGGCGUGUCUGAGCAGGACAACAUCAGAUAAAGCGCAGGGAAUAAGCAAAGGGUUGUAAGACCUCGGAUCAUGCGUGAGGGAUUUUGGAAACUUCUUUGUAUUUUCAUGGUGUCGUUUCGUCCUUUUAAAGCCUCAGCAGCUAUUUAUCAGGUUCCAGUGAGACUGCAGCGCACUGUGUCCGAACACAACACACUCAACAGGAACCGGUGCCAGUACACAGUACAGAAGACAGUUUCAUGUCAGACUCAAAAUGGGACAGAGACUGUUGUGCAGCGACUGUUUCAGAGUUGCCGAUGGCCUGGACCGUGUGCAAACCUCAUCAGCUACAGGACUCUGGUGAGACCUGUGUACAGAGUGACCUACAGGAAAAUCACUUCUCUGGAAUGGCGAUGCUGUCCGGGAUUCCAUGGGGAAGACUGCAGAGAGGAGUGCAUGAACUGUACUAGUUAUGCUGACGUCAAAGAGCGCUUGGGUGUCAUUGAAGCUCAGAUAAUGUUACUGAGAGAUGCAGAGGCACCUCCUCUCCCUCUUUCCAGCCAAUCACCCGAGAGAACAGCUGAUAAUGAGGUGGACAGGGCACACCCCUCACCAAAAACACCCAAUGCCAUUGGCCGACCAGGACCAAAAGGACAACCAGGACCUGUUGGGCUCCCAGGUCCUCCUGGGUUUUCUGGAAAACCUGGUCUUAUGGGACCUAGAGGACCUCAAGGGCUGCAAGGUCCUCCAGGAGAAAGAGGCCUUCCUGGUCCGCCGGGACCUGCUGCAUCCUCUCCCUUCUCCAUUAGGGGAGAUGUUUUCACUCUAAUGGCUAAACAACAUGGAGAAUAUGCGGAUAGUGACUUUGCUGCCUAUCGUGACCUUCAGACUUUCCUUGGUCCCCCGGGCCCCGGCCCUCCUGGUCCACCAGGGCCUGCCGGACCACCUGGAGACACAGGUGCCCCGGGGAAAAAUGCUGCCUUAAGCUUUCCAGGCACACCAGGUGACAGGGGACCCAAAGGAGAUCCAGGAGAAAGAGGUCCACUCGGAAUAACAGGAAAGCAAGGGCAGCCUGGUGUUCCAGGUCCUAAAGGUGAGCCGGGAGAGACUCCAGGAGAGGUCCAGCAGUUGAGGGAAGCGCUGAAGAUUUUAGCCGAGAGGGUUCUCAUCCUAGAACACAUGAUCGGCAUUCAUGAUACUCUGUUGGACUCUGGCUCUGGAAUAGAUCUCCUGGCAGACUUCAUGCUAACAGGCAGUGGUAAAAGCGUUAGUGGUUCCCGACCCUCCUCUCCUCUUACCUCGGACAGAGAGUAGCCGGACUGUGUUGGGUAUGAAGAGUGAAUAACAAACACUUGUGACCACAAGUCUGUUGUUCUAAAGGACAGAUCACUCAAUGUGUAUGUUGAUGAGUGUAAUGAAAGUGGCACUGAUCUUUUCGGUUUUAUUUACUUUUAUGUUUAAUGGUCCAUUCAUCUUAUGUAAUGUGAUGUAUUUCAAGGAUAUAAAUUGAUUGGAUGUUUAAAAGUGGGCAUUACUUACAGAAUAGAGCCUGAAUGUGAAAAGUAAAAAAAAAAAAAAGUUAUUUUAUAGUAAGUGCAAGUUAUUAGAUCUUGAUUAAAGAUUAUAAAAACUAAGACUGAAUUACAUGCACCACAGAAACAUGCAUUAAGAACGUAACUGGAAUUAAUCUUCAGUGACUUUAAGUGUUUAUUUACUGUAGUUUGUUUCUUUUAUGAUGGUAAAAGUGAGGAUUUUGUACUGGCAGGAUGAUUUACAUUUAGCAUUGUUUACACUAUUCAUUUGUGGCAUGAAUGAUGAUUUUAUCUAGCUGAGAAAUUUGUAUUGUCAUAGAAAAAAUAAAGUCAUAAAGACUUUCCCAGAAAAGGCA